CUGAAGCUUCCUCUCUCUUUGGCGGAGAUGUGCAGUUGGGACAAUUGGCAGCUCAUUGAUGCCUCAACUAAAAGGCCCCGAGUCGAGGAAACAAAAACGUUCGAUCGUUUAGUCGUAAGCCCCGGGCAGGGUGGAAAGGGUCACUCGCCAUGGGCUGUGCCUCAAGCGUGAAGACAACAUCAGCCGCUUCGGCACCUGGAGAUCCCCGGCCACAGCCACCCAGCCGCAACACGCUCACUGACGCUGACAGCUUGGAUCUUGGCGACCACAACCGGCCCCCGGAAGAUCUCCCGAGUUUGGUAUCAGGGUGCGGGACAGCAGACCAGGAGACCGGGGAGAUCGUGUGCCAAUCCCGGUCACACGUAGACCAGAGAAUCGCAGAUUCCAGUCCUAAAGAUUCAAACAGCUCAAUUACUGUGGAGAGAAACAAAAGGAGUUAUGAAAGAAAUUUGGGAGAGCAGCAGUGUGUUUUGAAAGACAAUCUAGAAUUGGUUCCUGAGGAUCAGGGCCAGACUAUCAGCAAGGUCAAUGUGAAUGUUCAGGACGAUGUAAAUGACCCAACACAGCCAGAAGCAACCAAGACACAAAAUGCUAAUUUCCAUAACCAAAUUCUACAUUGUGAGAGUGACCUGCUUAUGAGACAUGAUGAUUGUUCAGUUUUUAGGCUGACUAGCUCUUCUUCCAGCUUAGCUAGUGACCUGUAUCCUCCAGUUGUAAUUGAUAAUGGCAGUGGGCUGAUAAAAGCCGGACUCUCAGGAAAUCAUUCACCAACGCACGUUUUUCCAAGUGUGGUAGGAAGACCAAAGAACACAACAUUGAACGUUUUUGGAUUAUCAGAAAGGUGCACUUAUGUUGGAGAAGAAGCCCAAAGAAAACGUACCAUUCUUCAUUUGGUUUAUCCAAUUCAACAUGGACUGAUUGCAAACUGGACAGAAAUGGAAGUGCUCUGGAGGCAUGCGUUUGAAAAUGAGUUGCGUGUUGACAUUCAGGAGCACCCAAUUAUUAUGACAGAACCACCAAAUAACCCCCAGCAAAACAGAGAGAGAACAACUGAGAUUCUUUUUGAAGCAUUUCAAGUUCCUUCUUUAUUUCUGGGUGUUCAGGCAGUGCUGGCACUACACUCCACUGGUAAAGUUACAGGAACUGUUAUUGAUUCAGGAUCAACUGUGACACAUGUAGUUCCCAUUAUUGAAGGAGAUGCUUUAGAGAACAUUACUCAGAGUGUACACUUGGGAGGAGAGGACCUGACAGAGUACAUGAUGAGAUCUCUGGCUGAAAAUAAUAGCUGGUCCUUCACUUCCAAAGCUGGGUUAGAUAUCAUCAGAAACAUCAAGGAGAAAUUUUGUUACGUUGCCAGUGAUUUUGAAGCAGAACUUGAGAACUUUAAGAAUAAUCCAGAAGAAAUAAAGGAAGAGUAUAUGCUUCCAGAUGGACAAAAUAUGAUUAUCACAAGUCAAAAAUUCAUCUGCCCUGAAGUCAUCUAUAAGCCAUUUUUAAUAGGCAAAGAUAUCCAGAACCUGCCUGCAUUGACACAUUCAGUGAUUGAGAGAUGCAGUGAGGAGAUCCGCAAUGAUUUGUACACCAACAUUGUACUAGCUGGUGGUAACAAUAUGUUUAGAAAUUUGGAAGAACGACUACAACAGGAGAUGUCAAACCUUGUAAAAACAGGGAUAAAGGUGAGGGUUCAUGCACCUCCCAACCGGAAUUACCUUUCAUGGAAAGGAGCAGCCAUUUUGUCUGGUCUUUCCAAUUUCCACCAGAUGUGUGUAUCCCGCCAAGACUUUGAAGAAUUUGGAACCAGUGUUUUGUACAGGAAGCUAAUUUAGCAAGAAAGAAACAUUUCCUGAAAUCCAAAUGAAGAGAUCAAUCAUUAACAGAGUAAAGACAGAUCAGAAACUAUGACUAUUUGUUAUAAGCCAUUGCUCUUUCUCUACUUAAUCAUCACAGAAACAGUGGGGUACAAUGCGGUGAGGUCAUUGCUAUUUGUCAGACUGGGCAUGGGCAGCAACAGUGUUUCGUGAACAGUUAUGGGAUGUAAUUGAUAAGAGAUCAUUGGCUGAGACUAAUUUGACAACUAGGUCUGGACCAUAUAUCAUUUUACUCUGUUCUAUAAGUAAAUUUCAUUAGCAACAUAGAGUCAUAGAGAUGUACAACAUGGAAACAGACCCUUCGGUCCAACCUGUCCAUGCCGACCAGCUAUCCCAACCCAAUCUAGUCCCACCUCCCAGCACCCGGCAUCUCAACAAACUUAACCCUCAAUCCCUAAAAUGUUGCUGCUGUCUAGCCAGACUACUGCUAAGUUUUCAAUCUCAGCAAUGUUUAUUCCAAUCUAACUUCCAGUCUUUUACAUCUCUACAAUAAAAAUGAGACACAAUCAAUUUUGUUACUACCAAAAAUAUAUCCCUGAGACCACAAGAGCUUAUAUUGAAACCUCCUCACAUACACUUGGAAGGUAAAACUGUGGAGGUAAGACCCCAUGACACAGAGAAAAUUUUAAAAUUUAUUUACAGCUGUUCUGCAGCAGUCUCUUUGUUUCUAGACUUGUAUCCACAGAGAACUCAAAUAUCAGGUCAGUGAAUACCUCAUUUAAACUUUUCAUACAAUUCUGAAUGUAAGUUGAAAACAUAUAAAAUUUGUGACUUAUGUAUAAUGUUUUUGUGGGAAGGGGGUUACUUAUUUUGAAAAUAAAACUCUUUCCUGUGUAACUACCAAAUAAUAGAACUGAGCAAUGUAUACAUUUUCUAAUAUGUACAAUAGAUAAUAAUACAGUUGCUACCUAAAACAACAUUUUUUAAUACUGGAAGGAAACAAUUGUUCUCACUUAUUUGUCCUUUAAUGAAUAGUUUGCAUGGUGUUUCAUUAAUAAAUAUAAGAGUCUGACUAGAUGGCGCAAUGACCAUUUAAUUUUCGGAAAUGUUGUGUCUGACAUAGGGUGAGGGUUUCCACUUUGGGGUUCAGGUAUAGUGUCACAUCCACUACAGCCUGUGACAAGUUUUUUUGGAGCUACCAUUGACUCUUCAGCUCUUUUUGUAUGUAUGCAGCUUCUAUAGCAAGUUCAUCAGUAAAUCACAUGUGGCUG